AUGGCGACCCUCAGCGACGACGACAUUGAGAAGCUCUUCUCCGGAGCUCCUCAGUACUUUGCCCGCUCCGAGGGCCAUUACACCGGUGCCCCGCAUCCUUCUGUUGCAUUUCCCUGGGACGAGUCCCUCGAGAUCCGCGACUUGACCGACCAUGUUCAGAUCGAAGACGCCGCCUGGAGCUGCAUCACAGCAUGGCCUCAUAUCACGAGAGACAUGAACAGCAAUCCCGCUGCCAUCAAGUGCGCCAGAGAGAGGAAGCGCGCCCACUUCUACCCCCGAUGUCGAGAACGGCCUAAUAUGCUGAGCAUGCAGGGGUUGGAGAAGGGCACCAUGGGUUACCAGGCCGCUCUCGAGGUUCCCGUUGGAGAUGCCCUUCAGGAAGAACAGUUCGGUUUUGGCACUCUCGGAUCCAAGGCCAACGCCAUCAUCGAUGCGCGCCAGAAGCUGCUUGCUUCCAAGGACGGCCUUCGCCGCCAGGAGGAGUCGGCUAUACUGGACCAGCUUAUUAAGAAUGGCGCGAGGUACAAGGAAAACCGGAUUCACAGGAAGAUAUCCCAUACCUUGUACAACGAGCUGUUCCUUGGCAUCUUGCACCCGCCCACCCGGGUGAUCGAUCACCACGACCCCUACAGCCUCUCGGUUCAGAUACAGGCCCUCGUUAAGGUGCUUGCAGCGCCUAAUGUCUGGAUCGACUUUGCGCAUGUGGAAUGGAGAAUUCGUCUAGGCCAGAUUCUCUGGGGCUCGUUUGAGGGCGACGAGAUUGAAACCGAUCCUGAAGUUGACGACGCCGAAACCAACGAAGAACGUAAAGAAGAGAGAUAUUGGUUGCUGCUUCAGAUACUCCUGUCGUGCGAGCUUCUAAUAAGAUUAGACGCAAUUACCGAGGGCGAAGAGCUAGGGAUUGAGAGCAUUAGACCCGCCGAGAUUCACCGUUUCGAAAAGGACGCGAACCAGUCCGUCAAGUGGUCGCUACACCUUGCGCGGGCUUGGCUAGAGAACAUCGCGAUUGUCGAGGCCAAGGUCGACCCAGCCAAUGUUGGCCAGAAACGCAACUCUGGCGGCUGGCUGGCUUCGUUGACUGGCAAGAUGAGCCUACACCAUCACAACAACCAUGCCAACUCAGGAGAGAGCAUGUCCAUUUACACUAUCCAGGGUCGUUACAGCGAGAGACAAGUCAACGGCCUCACACACUUUGCGCGGAAACUGCGAUGGCCUGAUAUUGAAUCGGACAUUUACGCCGAGCAAAUCGAAGAAACCGUGGGGAAGGUGUCGGAGGCAACCCCUAUUCAUACGCCCGCGGAAACCCCAUUGAGUAUUGACACCCGGAGAUCGUCCUACUUUGGUGGCGGCAGGGCAGAAGCCAGCGUCACGAAGCAUUCGUCAGGCAAGCGUGGCGUUUCUGCGGCUCUCCACCCGUCUGGUUGGCUUUCCAAGUCCUAUGUGUCGGGACUCAUGCUUCCUGGCGAGGGACUGUACCACUUGAUCAUGUCCACUCUGUUGGAAAACGAUAAAGAAGCAAUGGCAAAGCUGGGGCCAAUGGCCAACCUCUGUGGCGGUUUUGUCUACCGGGGCAAAAGCUUUUGGAGCACAGCUUGCAUCGUUGGCCGUGUUUUGGCAGCUGGUAAGGGCUCUGCUCAAUGCAUGGGCUGGAUUUCAAGCGACAUCACGCCUCAAGGCCACGGCGAAGGCUGGAUCAACAUUGACGUUGCCGAUGUUUCCGCCGAUAUGAAGAAGACGGGUAGACAAGCUCGGCUGUGGGGUAAGACACACGUUGAGCGGGACUCAUGCGUCCUGGGGGAUGCUGAUCCCAGCUCUGUCUUGCCUGCGGACUUCAUCAUUCCGUACGAGAACAACUACUCUGAACCGCCGCCCAGUCUGACCAUUGAUUUCAUCUCUCUGAAUCUCUCUGCGCCUGUGGAUUCGGUUGACACAACACCCACUGAGGAAUUCGUGACUCCGCUCUCUGAUGUGACUCGGAGCUCAGAGAUCCACACUUAUCCGUCCUCCAUCUCGUUUUCCGUCGGCUCUCUCGGCGGCGAGUCCAAAGAGCACAAUUUUGCGCUGUCCAACGAUAUCCAUUUCGUUACGGCGCAUCCGUGUGCUCCAUCAUCUCAUGUCAAGGUGAUGAGGUCGCCUUCAAGCCCCACAAUCCAGCAAAUCGAUGUGGACGGCACCGGCAUCGGCGGUAAGAGCUCUAGCCCUGCCACCAUCACCGGACAUCCCCUGCACAAAAUGUUCACUUACACGGUGAUCCACCUUUCCGAGCUGCUCGAGAAGUCGGCCGCCUCGCUGGACGACUUGCUGCUCAACACGGCCUCAGUCCGGCGCCCCUCUCUGACGCCAACCAUUAAUACGACACCCCGGGUCCUGGUCAUUGACUGCAUCACGGGUAUCACGCGUCAGCCGCCGACGCAAGAGACUCCGACGUCGCCUAUCCUGGAGCGGACCGCUAACGGCGCCAGCCUCGCGGCGGCUAAGAUGCACCUCGAGUCGCGGCGUCGUCAGUUUGGUAGCGACAUGGAGAUCCUCGUCCGUGCCUUUUGCGCCGAGAAGGGCUGGAACGCCAUCAUCUCGCGACGUCGACGAGGCUGCCUUGCCUGUGCCAUCAGAGAGGCCGGGGCACUGGCAUGGAAGGUCAUCAUUCGCGUCGAGUAG